CUUUGAUUGAAAACAGCUGAAAUUAUUUAUGGAAAAAUGAAAAAUGAGUCACUUUUAAAAAAAUAACAAAUAAAACAUCAUCCUUUUGCUGUUUUCUAAGUAUUAAUAUUGUUAAUUAUUAUUCAAGAAUAGUUAAAUUAUUAUAAUGUCUGCUAGCCAAGAUAAUCGCCCAGAACUUUAUGAAGAAGUCAAGCUUUAUAACAAUGCCAGGGAAAGAGAGAAGUACGAUAACUUGGCAGAUCUCUAUGCAGUUAUCAACACCUUGCAACAAUUGGAAAAGGCCUACAUCAGAGACUGCGUCACUCCAAAGGAGUACACAGGGGCUUGCAGUAAAUUGCUGGUGCAAUACAAAGCUGCAUUCAGGCAAGUGGAAGGGAACGAGUUUCCCACCAUAGAUGCUUUUGUCAAAAAAUACAGGCUGGAUUGUCCUGCUGCACUGGAAAGAAUCAAAGAAGACAGGCCUAUAACCAUCAAAGAUGACAAAGGCAACACUAGCAAAUGUAUAGCCGAUAUUGUGUCCCUUUUCAUUACUAUAAUGGACAAAUUGAGGUUGGACAUUAGAGCUAUGGACGAUUUGCAUCCGGAAAUUCGAGAUUUGGUCGAUACAAUGAACAGGCUGAGCAUACUUCCUUCAGACUUUGAAGGCAAGCAAAAAGUCAACGAAUGGUUGAGUACUUUGAAUUCAAUGCAAGCCUCUGAUGAACUAUCAGAAAGUCAAGUGCGACAAUUAUUGUUUGAUUUGGAAAGUUCUUAUGCCGCUUUUAAUAAGGUUUUGCAUAAUGCUGCUUAAAUUAUUUAGUUUUAUAUUUAUGCUUGUUAGGAUAAUUUUAGAGCAUGUUAUAUUUUAUGUUAAAGAAUAAAUGAAUAUAGGCUAUUUUUUACAUUA